CAAUCAAUGUUAUUUCAACAAACGAUAAACAAAGUAUGUAGUAGCAAUGCAGGAGUAAUAAUAAUCUGUGGAUUUCGCUGAUGGUUUCCUCAAACAUGAUGCUUUAUGCCGUAGCCACCGUUUUGCUGCAAAUCUGGGUGAGAACUAGAGGUGAAAUUAUGACCGACCUGAAUAACAAUCCAAACAACUUCGUGAAAACUGAUUUCACUCACAAAUGUACAAGUAAAGAAGGCUGCGCUGUUCCUUACGAGGGUUUAAAAACAAAAGUUUCUCCUCGAGAGAUAUGUGACGCCCGUUGUCGCCCACUCACCUGUGUAUGGUUAUCAGUUGAGAACUCUACCCAUAUGCUCAUACAAUGCGGACGGAAACCUCCUAUAAUCUCCAAAGAAAAGGCUCAUGCAUUUCUUCACAAACGUAGAAAACGAGGUUGGUUUUAUGAACUGGAAGAGGAAUGCCGGACAGGUUGUUCAUGGGAGGAAGUGGACGAGGUGAAAGGCGGAGUCGAGUCCAAUAAAGAGUACAUGCGGUGGUAUGUUUGUAACCAUCCCUCUUCAUGUCCUUCCGGCCAAAUUUGUUCCGUUACCGGGAGCUAUAGUAAUUCCAAGGACCUGAUUGUAACAUGUAGUGUUAAUGGAGGAUGGGGUAGUUGGCAAAGUUGGGGCGCAUGCUCUGUAACGUGUGAGUCUGGAACAAAGAGGAGGUACCGUUACUGCAAUGACCCCAGCCCUGUCGGAAAUGGAGCAUACUGUUCAGGUUCGAACUCGGUUACGACAACCUGUCGUCCAUGUAGUGAUAUAGCAAACUGUCAGACAUCCUGCUGCAAUACUGCGAUUCCAGCCUUGUGUUUGAAAUGUUCCAACAUGGAUUUAUACAAACUUGACGACAGCGAUUCGAGAUGCACACGAAAAUGUUCUUGGGAGAACCGUUGGUGCUGGCCUGGUACAUGUAACAGCGAGUACGCAAGAACCUGCGCCUGUUCUGCUGGGUUUACAAGAUAUUACGACAGCAGUAGUGCGACUUGUCAACCUAACCUUUUACCAAACAUCACAAGCUGUAGUAUGCGAGUGACAGCAUCAAGCGGUGCUUCUAGAAUGUCGCCAUUUGUUGGAUCAUCACAUUGUGAUAACCAACAAGAUUUCUACGGGAACUUCCAGAUUGAUAGUAUAUUGACCUCCACAACGUUUGACUAUACUAUCGACGUCACUCAUGUAACGAGGCCAGCGUUUGUCGUCAGUGAGGUGUUCGGAAUAACUGAUGUCCAAAUACAUACUGUGAAAAAGACAGUUACAGGCUAUGAAGCAGUGUUAGCCACUAAAACUAUCCACAGUGACCCGAACAGCGACUCACCACAAUCUCUGUACAUUCCCAGUGACCAGACAAUAGCUGUGUCUCACUCUUUGUCCAACGGCCAAAGGUUAUGCUUGCGGUUUCAUCCAAAAGCUGGGGGACGUUUCAUAUCCAAGAACAUGCAGACUCAUUCAACUCGGACGGAGAGAUAUACAAAGACUGAACGGUACCGCGAUCUCUGCUAUAUAUAUGAUAGUGCUAAACCUGAACAUUGCAGUGUAAUCAGUUCAUGUACUGAUGAAACAUUGACUGCAUCGUCACGUAUCACUAGGAGCGGAAUUAUAUCCUUGUCUACUUCCGGCUGGACGGACCCAUUUCCGGCAGGGGGAAACACCCUUCAUUCCUCUGGUAUCGAGUCUUUUCGGUUAACGAUUCAUGACGUAAAAGAAAGCGGAAGUCACAACUUAUUCAUGGACAGUGGAAAGGUAGCUGGUACGACGGAUAUAGACAUGAUACAGAAUUCUAUGAUAUCCCUACAGUUACCUGAACAUGAACCCGCCCUAUAUGGCCUUUUGCUAGAGGUCAAGGACGUUGCAAAUAACGUCCGACAGACUCGACGAUUCAUCCUCUACGACAACUCAUCGUUGAUCAAAGUCGACUCAACAUAUAAGCUGCAUGUAUCGUCGGCUGCAGUAAAUACAAACUAUACAUGGCAAACUGCACACCGUGAUGUAUGUGUCAGCUGGCGUGACCGGUACUAUAACAAUAAGUUCGUACAUUUUAACCCUCUCAGACCCAUACAAGCGGAUGGCCAUGGACUCGUGCAGCAGGCAUACGACCAAACAAUGGGCACACUGCCUGUUACGGGCACGCCAAACGUACACGGAAUCAGCAUGUUUAGUUAUGAACUUACAAAGGAAACUUUUGGUCAAAACAUUACAAUAUCUUCUGAUAGCAUCAGUAACGUUUCUUCUCAGAGUGUUUGCAUACCACAUGUAGUUGUCGAUGGUGAUAUAUAUAUAUUCAUGUUAAAUGCUAGUGACAUUGUAGGAAAUGCUUUUCAUGAAUCUAUUCAAGUCUUUAUUGACGCAAGUCCUCCAGUAAUAUCUAACGCCUGGUUAGUACGGGAAGGACACCAACAAUUGUUUGUUCACAACUCCACGGAUCUGUUUAGAAUGCAGUUGGAGUUUGAUUCAUACGACACACACAGUGGGCUUAUACAGGUUCUCUGGUGGUUCUAUGAAACCGACCCGGAAACACUUCUAGGACAAGGAGCUGAAGGUGUCAGACAAACCGACCCCGAGACUUCGUGCCAAGAACCCCAGCUCUGUUUAUGUCCAUUUGUUGGCAGCUGUCAGUAUUUCCACUUCAGAAUUGACCUUGAUACAUUAACCGUUAACAACGAACAUAUAGGUAACCACAACCGGAUGUACCGGUACGAGAUUGAGGUAACAAAUGCGGCUCUGUUGACCACUUCUCUUUCUGUUGACGUGCAUGUUGACGAAUCGCCGCCGGAAGAUGGCGUUGUAUACGAAGGAACAGAUGAUCAAGCCGAUGUUGACUAUACAAGCGGGUCAUACAUUCAUGUUCACUGGCAUGGUUUCCUUGACCAUGAAAGUGGAAUUGAAUUUUACAGAGUAGCUCUUGCAACGAGAUGUGCCCAAAAGCAUGAAAUGACUUCACUGCAAAAUUUUACGGGACAUAUCCAGUAUAAAAAUACUACGUUAACAUCAACUCAGUUUGAAAUACAAACUGAAGGGAAAUAUUUUGUUACCGUUCUUGCAUUCAAUCGUGCCAUGGAACCGUCCUCAGCCAUAUGUUCUGAUGGUUUCAGAAAAAGUGACUCUCCUCCGGAAAUAACUGAUGUGACACUCUCCCAAGCAAGAGCUAGUAAACACACAGUAUGCUACAAUCACGACAUAUGGCUCAUUUCUGCAAAGCUUACAAGGACUAACAUAACUGGAGUAUCAUCUUGUUCUGUUCCAUGUACAGAUACUACAAAUGGAUUUGAGCUUAACCUGCUAUCAUUGGAAAAUAGCACAACAGAGACAUUUGAUGUUUGCAGUUUGACAAAUCUUCAUCAGUUUUACCUUCCUAUUGACACUAUUCGGCUUACAUGGUCAUUCCUGGAAAACAUCAUACCACUCGAUGCAGUGUAUGUUGGAUUUGGCUCAACCAGUCUCUCAGCUGAUUCGCCAGACCUUCAGGACUUUCAAUCUGUCCAAAACCACUCUUUCUUCAAACAACGUCAUCUUGGCUUUACUACCGGAACAGAGUUCUACAUCUUCAUCAAGGCCUUAAACAAAGCCGGUCUUUCCUCUACAGCCUUAUUUGGUCCUGUUGUAAUUGACGAAUCGUCGCCUAUAUGUCCGUCGUCACUACAAACCUCUCAGAACGGUUCUCAUCUCGUUAUCAACUUGAACCAAAAUACAUUUACAGACGAUGAACAACAAGAACAAGUUUCAUUAAUUUCCUAUAGGAUUCAUUUUCAGGAAAAUGAUGGAAAUUUAGGUUAUUCAUCUUGGGAAACAUUGGAUACAACAAUCUGCUCAAACAUCUCUGAGUGUUUUGUCUUUUCUAUGGAAUAUCUCCAGGAGUUGAUAAUGGACGUAAAUUAUCCAUUACAAGUCGAAUUGCACGUGUUCAACAUUGCUGGUUAUUACUGCACUGUUAUGACCGAAACUAUUUACAUCCCCACAAUCUAUAGACCAAGCAUCGGGUCAGUGAAAGAUAUACAUCCUGGACUAACAGCAGAACCAUACAUCGACCAAGAUGUUUCGUUUUCACCGACCGAGUAUUGUGUAGCGUGGGCCGGUGUAUCCGAUCACAUGGCAAACGUGACUGUCGAGGUCGGUCUAGGUAGCAGUCCAGAUAGCGACGACAUCCAACAAUUCCUGACAGUGGGGAAUCAAAACUUCAUCUGUCAAAGUAAUGCAUCUCUCGCCAAAGAUAAUACCUAUUUUGCAGUACUGCGAGUAAACAACAGCGCGGGCACGGCGCUGGCGUCAUCGGAUGGGUUCAAAGUACUUUCUGAGAAUGAUGUUGUGAACGCAAUAUCGGUCUUUGAUGGACCAGGGUGUACUAGUAAUUCUUUCGUGUGUCAAUGGACUGUGCACCCACCUGAAAACGACACAUCUCUACGGACUACUGCAACAUGUGACCAAAUAUUCCACGUCGCCUAUUACUAUACAGUGCAGUACCCUGAAGAGUUAAGUGACGUCGUCGCCAUUACCAGUGAUGAUGUUGUUCUCAUCGAAAGCAAACCUGGCCGUAUUACGUUUUCGCCAUUUGUUUAUCGUCCGGUAUUUGUGAUAGUUUCAAAUCAGUUGGGAGGCGCCGCGAAUGUGAGCUACGAUAUAUUGAGAUGCCAAGAGGACGUUGAUUACCAUUUUGCAGACAUUCCGAUAUCGCUACACUGGCAGGUGGAAAAAUACUCUGAUUACAUUACACACUUUGAGAUAUCUUUGUUUAUUAACGAAACAGACAGUAACAGUGCGAGUGUUAUUGAAACAAUUAUCACUCCUGCGAACACGCGGAAUAUGAGUUUGACAAGUUCAAUUACGGACGAAAAAUAUGUUUUCGUUGAAGUCCGACCAUGUUUCGGAACAACAUGUCUAGCUGGAGUUGUUUCCGAUGGCUUCCGCAUAGAACUUGUACCAGACACGGAAUCACUAAAAGCCGUUAUCAUGGAUUAUUCCAACAAUUGUAGUAAUGUCAAUGUGUCUUGGGGCGAGGUUCGGUGCUCUAGAAUAGGGGACUCGAAUGCCUUGUUUUACCAGUGGAGAAUCGCAGAUGAUGGCAGCGGUAUAUCUUCGCAACAAGCUUGGACCACACAUGUUGUAGAACCAGCACCAAACCAUGAGAUAACAGCUUGCGUGCAGUUGUCUACCGAUGUAUUUGCACAACGUUUCAUUUGUUUGCAAACAUUUUGUCAUUCCGGAAGUGAAAUAACAAAGUGCGAACCUUUACAGGUACAAUUUCAUCAAAAUGAAUUUCCUAAAGACAUUGUGUAUGACAUUGACGUGAAUUCAGUUGACUUUUCUGAAUUGAAGUUAUUAAUAUUCAGUUCAAAUAUUGGCGAGAAAUUAAAUAACAUUCACGAUAAUGAGUUAGAUUACAGUCGAAACCAACUGCAGCUUGGCGCGUUCAUGAUUGGGCUCCAGGACAGAGAUGUGACUUGGUACCUGAUGACGAAGAAAGAAAUCCCAAACGAUGCCUGUGAAGUUGACAUCAAUUGCUUUGUGUACGCAGAAACAAGUGAAGGAGUUGUUUCAUUUGGAAAGUUAAACCUUCAUGAGGGUAAAUAUUACAUCUGUGCCAGGAGUCCGGCGUGUAAUCGGACGAGACAGAACUUUGUGGAACAUUUUGAAAAAGUCGAAGGUUGCAGUGACGGUUUGAUAAUAGACGAAACCGUCCCAAGUUUGGGGUCAGUGACCAUACACUCUGACGCAGGGUACAUCUCUGAUAGUAGUGACUUGUUUAUUUCCUGGGAAGGUUUCUAUGACAACUUUGCCGCUCACGGUGUUGGAAUGCUUCAGUACAGAUAUGCAAUCGGAUCAUAUCCCGGAGGAAAAGAUUCCCAGGCAUAUAAAGAAGUGGGAGAAAAACAAACAGUUCUACUACGAAACAAACGUCUGACACCAGGGAUAGUAUACUACGCCAUGGUCGAAGCCAGGGACAAAGUCAAUCUGACCACCACAGCGAUCUCUGACGGCGUGCUAUUUGAUGAUACGCCUCCAGUCAGAGGUACAUUGUUUGUUGGAGAUUUGCACGUGCAUAGACACGUGACCACACUACAGAAUAUGGCUCUCCAUUGGGAAGGAUUCUAUGACGAGGAGUCAGGAAUUAAGCAUUUCGAGGUUGCUAUUGGCAACUAUCCAGAUAUACCAGACGUUGUCUCCUUCCAACAUGUAGAUCCUUCCUCUUUCUUCUUUGACUUCAGCAAUCUACACCUUCAGCAUGGCCAUACAUAUUACGCAUUUCUUCGGGUUACCAACCGAGCUGGAUUAUCACUGCUAGCAGGGUCAGGGUAUUUCCUCCUAGAUAAUACUCCGCCCUUACCAGGAAUUGUGAGAGAAGGCCCCAGCACAAGUAAUGGUUUUACAUACCAACGUUAUGCGAGCCAUCUUGUGUGCUCCUGGGAGGGAUUCACUGAUCCUGAGUCUGGUGUGGAGCACUACAAAAUUGGACUUGGAACCAAACCAUUUCAUCUGGACGUCAAACGUUUAACUUAUGUGGGUUUGAGAACAGAGUUCACGUGGUCUGUACCCCUGGAAGAGGGCGCUAUCUACUAUGUGACGGUGCAGGCUUGUAACGCCGCAGGACUGUGUACGGACAUCACUUCCAACGGAGUCCUGGUCGACCACUCACCCCCAAUACAUGGCCAGGUACUGGUAGGACGAUCAGAUGGACAUCAACGUUAUAUAGGACAGAGCUCUCACUUGGAAGGUUUCUGGGUUGGAUUCCACGACUCUCAUUCCGAUCUGGAUCAUUACGAGGUUUGCAUCAGCAGCACACUGAGCCCUGCAUGUGACGUGCAUCCAUUGACAAACACACACCUUUCCUCUGAACACCUUUUCACUGGCCUUAACCUCCCAAUCCUAUCACCGCUUUAUGUAACAGUUUGGGCAUACAACAAGGUUAGACUGAACACCAACGUGACUUCAGACGUUUUCGUUGUUGACGUCACCCCGCCAGUCUGUAUUCAGACACCCGUGUUCACUUCUAGUACAGCUAACAUUUCAAAUGACACUGUUACGCAAUGGGACCCUUCUUUUCUUGAAAUUUCCUGGAUGUUUGAAGACUACGAAUCUCCCAUUAUAAGACAUAAGAUUUCCGUCACCACUCACCAUAACGGUCACACGUUUAUAGAGGACAUAGAACUUUUUAAUGAAAACCACACGACCAUUUUACUUAAACCAGAACACUGGCUAACCAGCGGCGACCGUUACCAGGCGACAGUUGUAGCUUGCAAUGCUGCUGGAUUGUGUACGUCUGUCACCAGUGGAUAUCUACUAGUCGACUCUACUCCCCCACACAUUGGUGGAUUCGGCGACGAUAUGUCGUGGAGAACACAAGAUAAUACAACUAAAAUCAAUACAACUUGGAGUGGAUUUGAGGACAUGGAUUCAGACAUCAAAAUGUACUAUAUAACUAUAGGAGAGACAUACAGUGGCAACGAAUUAUCCCUUGGUAACAUUUUUCUUGUACACGUCGGAGAACCUCGUGACGUUCAGUACGGUUAUUUUGCUGUUGAUAUACAGCUGCAGGUCGACAGUAAAAUCAUUCUCUCAAUCAUAGCGGAAAACAAUGCUGGAUUAGUGACGUCAGCUACUAGAGUAACCACGCAUGUACUUCAAACUGAUGUGAACGGUGACUAUGGCAUUCUUAAAGUUGAGAAACAUUCAUGCGAUAUCCACUACUGCAACAAAGACUGUACAUGUGCUCCCCUUGGACGGAAGUGUUCUUCUGUAGAGUCAAAUGCUUGUAACCAGACUGAAAACUCCUCCUAUCAGACUGUGAGUGUGUUUAGUGGAAACAAUAUUGGCGUUAAUACUCUUCAUUCGCUUUCUUCGGCGUGUUUGAGUGCUAACUGGAUCCUCUCUCCAAUACAGUCUACUUUGAACAUCAUACGGAUGGAGUGGAGUAUGGGAUUAGCAGGAUUGGAGUAUGGUGCUGGUGUAUUCGAUCCGCUUCUUGAGGACGUGUGGCAUGACAUUGGAAUGCAGGGUAGUGUUGCUCAUUGCGUUGAUAGUGAUAACGCGCUCUUACACAAACAUAAUUACAUAAUAUACGUAAGAGCGUGGUAUGAUACAAACACUUACAGGAUCGUCAGUUCACAGUCGUUACUGAUUGACCGCACACCUCCAAAGAUCUCGCGAGGAUUCCACAUAAAAGAUUCAACAGACGACUGUUUAACAGAUUCAGAAUUCAUCACAGAGAUACGCGCUGUGACGGGUUGCUGGAGGAAUGGAUUCUCAGACUCUCAAAUUGGAAUUCUUCAUUACCUGACUUCAUUGGGGACCAGUCCAGGGGCCUCUGACACAUCACCAGUACUUAACGUAGAAAAAGUAACGAACUUCACAUGGACUGGAUUGGAGUUACAUCCGGGUUCUAGAUACUACAUCACGGUGACUGCUGUCAACACGCAAAACCUGUCGUCCACCUACAGCUCUGAUGGCUUCGUUGUCGACACAGAGCGCCCUCUUCCGGGGACUGUGUUCAAUACAAAGAACUUUAAAAACCAUCAGAGUCAGUCCUCGACCGAUACCUUGGAAGCGUCCUGGAAUGGAUUCAUGGAUAGACAUUCACACAUACACCAAUAUAAGGUUGCGGUCGUUGACACAGAGGUCAAUUCCACUUCUUUGUCUUUCCAGUCAGUAGGUAGAGUAACUAAAGUUACAAUUCCAGGUCUACACCUGUUUCACGGUAGAAGCUACAAGAUUGCUGUAAAAGCAGUGGAUAUGUCUGGACAAGAAAGUGAAGAAGUUUAUUCUACGUCUAUAAUAAUUGAUUCCUCCCCGCCAGUCGCCUACCAAUGUGAUAACUACGUCACGCUUGUUAAUGAGACACAUGCAAUAAGCAUGAAUGCUUUAAGUAAAGAAUGGAACACGAGUUUAGUCGACACUUCACGAGUGUGUCGACUAAUGGUAGCGAUAACAAACAGCACAGAGGAUACUAACUUAGUCGUGUCUCUCAACGAUCAUACAUUCAAGGCUCAUCUCGUUCGUCAGUUUUUUAUUCAUGUUUUCACGGUGGAUUCAGACAAGCAGCUUGUUUUCUCAAUCAACGUAUCUGACACUGAGGUCAACCUUAGCAAUCUUACAGUUGUUCUGCAGGUAUGUAAUGACGUUAACUGGCAAAACUAUUCAACCCACCAAACUCCUCUGCGACAAAUAACGUUUUCGACCGUAUCCGCCAUGCUGCAGUUCUUUGAUCCCGAAAGUGAUAUCAGCGAUAUAGAAUUAGGUGUAGGGACAACUGCCCAUGGAUACCAGGUUCGUGACCUUGAACCCGUGCUAACUGGAGGCUAUCACUCGUUUCCUGUUAAUUUACCCCAUGGCACUCCGAUACAUGCUACAGCGGUGGUGGAGAACAAGGCCGGUCUGCGGUCCUACUUCCGGUCUGCGCCACUUAUCAUCGACCACACUCCACCGUCAAUUACAGACCCUCAGCUUCAAUACAGCAACGAAAAAGAUGGUCGCGUGCUGAUUAUUGUCACGUGGCAGGUCGAGGACAAAGAAAGCCAGCACGUGCACUGCGAUGUCUUCUGUGGAUCAAUUUGGAAGUCUGAAGAAAAACAGAGCGAUAGUGAAAUGGACAUAAGGAUUGAGUCAGAACCGCUCAUUAUCCCACAUAGUACUAGGAUAAUAGGCACCAUCACGUGUAUAAACAAUGCUGGAAUAAUAAAACAGACACAGACAAAUGAGGUCACUAUUCUUCUGGACCCACCCGGACACAAUGACAGCCGUAUAAUUUUCCUGGAUGUUCAUGGGUCCACAGUGACCGGUCAGGCCGUGACGCGGAUCGGCGAGUAUCUUAAGUUCCACUGGGACGAGUUCGACUAUCCUGAAGGUGACGUCACAUACAAGUAUCGUAUAGAUUACCUGAACGGUUCCAAAACAUCGUGGGUAGACGUGGGCUUCCAUAAUUAUGUUACCUCAAGCACCAUCAACGUCGUUGAGGGCUCAGAAUGUGGCGUGGAAGUAAGGGGCUCUAACGAGAGAGGUCUGCUAAGUGGUACCAUCAACUCUACCAUUUAUGUACUCCGACAGCCACCGAUAUUGACAGGAACGCCAUGUGAAUUCGUUGAGGGAGGAACCGCCACUCUUAACUGUAGUCUGGUCUUUGACGUCACCGUCAAACUGAAGACGUCAUACAUCUUGACAGUUGGUACUGAGCUCGGAUUCUCUGAUAUCGUACGGUAUCGUGUGUUUGAUAGAAACAUGUUCACGUUCGAGUUAAGUGAUACUGUUACGGGAAUAUUUGUGAUUGUGACAGCCGUGUAUGACACCGGUGCCGAGACAACGUACAGGGACAGUUUUACUCUCAAUCCCUGAAAAGCGCAUGUAAUGUUUCCCGUUAUGUUUUAGCAACCCAUAACGUUGUCUUAAAAGCUGACUUUAAACUAUUUCGCCUUCUCAUGUUUCACUUGUCAUCAUUGUAAAAGUCCUUAUACAUUUUAUCGAACAGUUUAUGAUUGUCCUUACGUUAUCUAAUGGUAUUAGACUUCUUCAUCAAAACAAUUAUAACUUAAGUCUAACUUUCAUAGACAAUAACAUACGUAGAAACGAGGUUUCUUUUGUAUAUUAUCCAGGGCAACCUCCAGGGGUUACGUUUGCUUACGCUCUAUACACCACUUUAAUAUGUGAUGACGAAAUCGAAGGCUCAGUGUUCACCACCUGGUGGGUGGAGAAGACUAGUUGAUACUUUGAUGUACAUCCAAAGAAUCUCGCUAUCGCAUAACGGUAAAAUUGACUGGAAUAAAUCUCGGGUGUCUCUCCUCUGUCAUAUUGAAAGGUCAGGUAUUAGUCUAGCAAUGGGUCAGUGUUGUUUUUUUUAUCUUAGUCCAAUCAAAUAACUAUGUCUGUGCCUUCUAUUUUGCUAUGACAUAUUCCAGGUGUGCAAAGAGCGUAAGUGAGC